UCGUUUAAAAACGAACCGUACGCUGGUCCACAGCCAGUCCCGCUUAUAUAUACAACGGAUGAACAAAUUUCUCCAGGUCCAAGAUUAAAUUUAUAAAAUGCUCGUCACGGCAAUGUUAUUGAUAGUACUGAUACUGCUGUUGCUAUAUCUAGGCUGCCACAAACCAAAAGGAUACCCACCAGGUCCAAGAUGGUGGCCGAUUUUGGGCUGUGCGCUGGAAGUGGCGCGUUUACGUCAGGAAACCAAAUAUCUCGUCAAGACCUGCUCAACGCUCUGCAAAAAGUACGGUCCAGUGGUUGGUCUAAAGAUCGGCAAAGACCGCAUUGUCGUUCUAAACGAUCUGGAGAGCAUACAAGCGAUGCUGAAUAACGAAGACUGCGAUGGCAGACCGAUCGGAGCCUUUUAUAAAGCCAGAACUUGGGGCGCUAGACUUGGUCUCAUCGUCGUGGAUGAACGAUUGUGGGUGGAACAACGACGAUUCGUUUUGCGACACCUAAAGGAAUUUGGCUUCGGUCGUACUAGCAUGGCCAUGAUCAUCGAAGACGAAGCAUCAAAGCUAGUAGAACAUUUUAAGAAGCUGCUUCGAGACGGUUAUAAUCACGAGAUCACUGAAAAAAAAACGAUAAACAAUAAUAAUAUCGGACAAAUAUAUAAGCUGCAGAAAGAUUCUAAGAACAAUCUAAACAAGUCAAAGUCGUGUAACGAGGUCAAUAUAAUCGAGAAUAAAGUCUCCAAUCAUCAUAAGACUCGAACAGUAGCGGAUCUAUAUAUGAAAGCCGAAGACUAUGCGGAAGUCAGAAAAGUCUCUCAAUCGGCGGGAAUGAUUAUAUCUAUGCAUGACGCUUUCGGAGUGACCGUAUUAAAUACUCUUUGGAAGAUGAUGGCUGGUAAAAGAUAUGAUACUGGCGACAAGGAACUUACGUAUCUACAGCGAAUCCUCGCGAAACUCCUGUCAGAAGUCGAGAUGAUAGGUGCACUUUUCAGCCAUUUCCCGGCGUUACGCUUCAUCGCACCAGAAAUGUCCGGCUACAAUUCAUUUAUACAAAUGCAUCAAGAAUUGUGGGCAUUCCUGAAAGAGGAAUUGCAUAAUCAUAAAAAUACAUUCGUAUCAAGCGCGCCGCGGGAUUUGAUGGAUGUCUAUCUGACUGUACUGAAUUCAAAAGAUUGCAGCGAUACAUUCUCAGAAUCACAAUUGUUGGCGAUCUGUGUCGAUCUCUUCAUAGCAGGCUCAGAGACAACUUCGAAAGCACUUAGUUUUGGAUUCUUGUACUUGAUACUGUUUCCGCAGGUUCAAAGAAAGGCACAUGAAGAAAUAGAUAGAGUUGUUGGUCGCGAUAGAUUUCCCACGUUGGCCGACAAACCAAGAAUGCCAUAUGUCCAAGCUAUUGUCUUGGAAUCUAUAAGAAUAUUCAUGGGUCGUACUUUGAACGUUCCGCAUAGAGCAUUGAAAGAUACUACUAUUGUGGGCCAUAAGAUACCAAAAGACACGAUGCUCGUUGCGAAUUUCAAUACAGUGCUUAUGGACGAGUCUUGGAUUGAUCCGGAAGAUUUUUGCCCGGAAAGAUUCCUCGACAGUAGCGGCAACGUCGUUACGCCAAAAAAAUAUUUUCCCUUUAGCCUCGGCAAACAUCGUUGCAUGGGAGAGAUGUUAGCUAAAAGCAACAUUUUUGUGAUAACGGCCACUCUGCUGCAAGCGUUCAACUUCUCCGUGGUUCCCGGUGAGCCGCGACCAUCCACACAAGAUUUCGUAAAGGGUAUCACGGCCGGUCCCAAACCAUAUAGAGCAUUAGUUUCCCUGAGAGAACGUAAUUAAGAUGUUAGUAAUUUUCUGGAACGGCAUCUAUUUAUCUAAUCUUCGUCCAACUUCAAUUUCACUCUAUUCGAAGUUGUAACAUAACAGGAUUACUUUUAUAUUUUCAGUCUAAAAUUUCUUUUACAUUUUUUUAGACUGCAGGAUAGAAGUUAACACA